GACCCGCGCAGAGUGGAGGUGGGGGUCGCCCGCGGCGGGGGGUGGGCGCACCAGUCACCAGCCCCCCGUAUGCUCUUCUUCCACUCCUCGCCGCCGCCUCGCACAGGUCGGAGCAGCCUCCUGUCCUCGGCUCCUUAGCGUCGGGGAGAGGCCAAAGUGAAUGGGAAGAUGGAGAUGGAUGUGGAGGGAGUUUCUCCGCGCCCGGAGCCCAUCCCCCGGCCCCAGGGGGCUGGCGGAGCCUGCCAGGCGCCGCCACCGCCGCCCCAGCUCCAGCCCCAGCCCCAGCCGCAGCCGCUGGCUCAGGAUGAACUGCCCGGCGAGAGUGCGGGACCCGAGGACGGCGACGAUCCGGAGGCGAGACCCCGCGGCGAGAAAGGGGAGAGCAAGACAUAUCAUGGACUGAAAGGUGAUGGGUACCCCAAAGAGCUCACUACAAGACCGCAAAGAUUCCAAGACACCGGCUGCUGCAACAUAUAAAGACACCAGUCUGGAGAGGCAGCAGGAAGCAAGAAGCAAGCCUGGAGGAGGUGAGGAAACAUCACUCUUUCCUCUGCCCUUGACUCCAUCGACCUUUAGCUGUCAGAUGGUUUGGGCCCAGGACUGAUGGGCUUUCUCCUGUGUGUCCUUUCACAGGCUCUGUUGUUGUUAUUGUUGUUGUUUUUGGCCAGAGGACAGACCACCUUCUCAGGUGUCCUGGGGAACUGCUGAAGGACAGUGAGGAAGAUGCUGCUGGUCCCCAGGACAGAAACACAGCAGCUGGAAGCAAGAGGCACCUAGAGUGGGACUCAAGCCCUUCAGACGGAGCUGUCUGAGCUGUGGUGCCCAAUUGGACUGUUUUUGCUUUGCCAUCAUUUGCAUAACACACAGUUCUGGAUGUUUUCCAUUGGUUGGCUUUCUUUCUUCUUUUUUCCCCCCCACCUGUCCUUUCUUUUUCUCCUCUUGGCCCUGGGAAUUGUAAGAAAAGAAUUGCUUUAGAAAGUAUAAUUCUGUUGGUGACAUUAGCCUUGUUUUAUGAACAAAUUCUGUCACUGGGGAUUUUCUGCAUUGCAGUCCCAGGUUACCUAGUAAAUGGGGCUGCGUGGUUUGAUUUGUGUAGUACUGAUCCUUAGAUUAAAAAUACAUUUUCUUUCUGGCUUGCUUUUUUUUUUUUUUUUUUUUUUUAGUUUGGAUUCAGGUAAUGUCCUGAAUCACAUUUGCUUAGCUACUGAAGCGAUCUCAUUGUGGUAUCGCUUGGAUUUGAAAUAUAAUCAAACAUAUAUUAUACCAGGGGCGCCUGCACACUGUUUGAUAUAUAUGUUACACUGCAAAGAAACACAAACCUAAUAGGUUGAAAUUUAAUUCCUGUCUGAUCCUGCAGCUGGAACGGGGGAGAAAUUAUACACAUCAAAAAUGGCUUCAAAUACCCUGAAUGUAAGCUAACCAACAGUAAGUGGCUGGUUUCCAAAUGCCCUUUUCUAAGGCAAAGCAGAAACUGGAGAUCCGCGGACCUCGCCACCAGGGUUGCUCGGGUCUGUCCGGGGGCCUGCCCAUUGCGGAGGGAUUAGGAACAAGGCAUGCCUCUCUGUCUUUUACGGAAACUGUGGCAUUUCUGACCUACGUUCUGUAACUGUGCCUGCCUUGCAAUAAAACACCUUAAGU